UCGAACUUUUUAAAAUUUUUAUUUAAUCUUUUUUCGCUUCCAUAAUUAUUUAUAAGCGAAAUUGAGAGUUUUAAUAUAUCUUUCUUGAAGGUGGCUGGUUGGAUGCUUAUCAGAAAUAUCAAGUAAGAAAUUUGAAACUUCUAUAAAGAACAAACGAGAAGAAAACGUUCAGGUGAAACAUAAUGCAAUAGCCACUAACUCAAACGUCUGCCAUACUGCGCGUGCAAAAACCGCAAUAAGCCACCGGGGGAAAGUGACCGGAAACUGGUUUUGGUGCCAAGGUGGAAGAUAAGCUUCCAGGAACAAGUUUUCAAGAAUGUAGGAGCUACAUGUACAAGCUGGUUAUUUAAGUGAUUGUGAUUAUGUAUCGACGAUCUAAUACUGCUGAUUUGGGAUUUAGUAGAUACAUAACCAUUUUAUCAGAGAAAAUAACGUUUGGGUGAAGGGAAAACAAUGCCUUCCUACGAGAGAGGAUAUGGCGGUUCUGCCAGCUAUGGAGGGCUCCAUGAUAUGGGAACUAGCAAGAAAUAUAACUCACCAAGUUCUGCCUACAACAGUGGUUAUAACCGGGGAUCUUCAUACGGUACCCCGAGCAGAAGUCUUAGUUACGACCCAGGCAGAUAUAACAAUUCUAAUGCCUCCAGUGUAAAGGACAGAAUGAAAAAAUUCGCUGCCGAACCAAAAUCAUAUGAAUAUUCUUCGAAUCGCUAUCCAUCAGUUGAUAGAAGCACGCUAGGGCGUGAUAGAUAUUCGUCUCUUGACCGGGUUUCUAACAGAAGUGGUUAUUUGUCAGAUUACGGUGGAAGUCCACGUUCAUUGGGUUCCUGGGAUCGAACAUCUUCCAAAUCGGGUCGUAGCUACGGGGGUGGGAGUCGCGAGGGUUCUCCAGUGAGUACCAGAUCUUCCAGGUAUGAUUAUAGUAGCAGUGCAUCACCAUAUUCAACAUAUUCAUAUAAAAGUGGUUCAGAUGUAUCACCAGUAACUAAACGUUACGAUAGACAAAAUUCGGGUGGUUUCGACGGCCCUCCUAAGGCAGCUAGUACCCCCAUUGAUAGUACUCCUAAAAGAAGGCCUUCACAGUCGUCGUUUGUGCCAUCUGGAAUCCGUACUCGAGGACCAAUAACAGAUUCAGAAUCAGACGACAGUUCUCCCGAAGCUGAAAAAAGGUUUGGAAAGUUUUUAAUUUGUCGCGGUACAUCACCUAUACCAGAGGAAGGUGAGCAAAAAAAAGAAAAAAACAAAGAGCCAUCAAUAGCCAAAACAAAACGAGUUAAGGCACCCAGCAGACGUGUUUCCGGAAGACGCGGACACAACACAGUUGAUUGUGCAACCCAGACAAAUCUAGAACAACAGCAGCGUAAACCUAGGGGACUACCGAAAAAUUUGGACGAUAACGAAAAUUCUAAUACAUUCUAUAAAUAUCGCGACAAGUUCUUAGCACCAUCAAUCCCCGCAAUGCCCAGUACAAACUUUUCUGGUGGUGGUGGUGGUGGUGGAAGUAGUAGAGGCUUGCGUGGUAGCUAUGGCUCGAAGUCCAGUUACAGGGAUAAAUCUGACGCGCCACAAGAAAAAUCAUCUUGGCGCCAAGCAGUCUAUGGGGAAGCUGCACCAGCAAGACCACCAAUGGAGGACACUGAAACAGACACGCGCAGUAUAGCAAAUGAUGAAGAUGAUCGAAGUAGUCGACUGAGUCGAAGGCGACGCGAACGGGGAGGUGGUGAAGAAUAUGUAAGUGCUGCAGAGGACUUAAGGGGUCAAAGGCGAUCCGGUCCAAGUCGAUCUUCAUCAAGGGAAGAUAUGUUAGAUGAAAGACCUAGGAGAAAAAGACACUCGAGUAAGGAGCUUUUAGACGAAAUGGAACCCGAGGGAAAAGCUGGGCGGGAAAAGCCGCCUCUGACACCAGAAAAUUUGUCAUUAAGGGAAAGUAUUGAAAAGGUUAAGCAGUGGAAGCAACAACUACCAUCACCGACAUAUUAUGAUGACGAAAAUCCUGGAGACAUGCGUCGUCGACCAGGAGUUGGCGCCGAAAGUAAUUUCGAUGGCCGACGUUCUCGCCAAUAUUCACGUUCUGCGUCAAAUGAUAGUAUUUUAGAUGAUGACUAUGACGAAAAGCUUCCAAAUAAAGACUUCAGAAAAUCUAGAUUAAACAAAUCGAACAACGCUUACCCACCCGAUCAAGCUGCUCGUCAGGGAAUGAAAAAAUCUGGCAGUUCCUCAGAAGCCUUUUCCAGAGACGAUUCUCCCAAUAGAAUGCGACAUGGAUCAUCUAGGAUGAAAAGAGAUAGUUCUCGUGAAAGCAUUUUGGACGACAGGCGCAAAUCACGACGUGAAAAUUGGGAGGCAAGUGAUAGUGCGGGUUCACAGUUCGGGUUUAACAAAGAAGAUUCACCAAACAGAAACAGUCGACAUGGUAGAUCUGGUCGCUCAAGUAGACAGGGCUCAAGGGAAGACAUACUGAGCGACCGUGGACAUCCACAACUAGUAAGGCAGAAUUCGGUUGAUGAUCAAUAUCGUCAUGACAACAGAAAACGGCCCCAAUCUAAUGUUUCGAAUGAUUAUUACGAUGAAAAUGAUCGCAACAUGCAACAUUCUGUGUCACAACACUCUCUGGCUUCAAAUGCUACUCUUCCAGAUUUGGUACCGCCGGAAGGUGAUUAUAAUCAAGCGGACAAUACUAAACGAAAUCGAAAACUUAAGAACUCUCGCGCCGGAUUCAUCAGUAAUGUUCAGGACAUUGAUAAUGUGUUAUGCGACGAAGAUAAACAGCGUAGGAGCCAUCAAAAUGGACGCUACAUCCUCGAUUCGCCAGUACCACCACACCCACAUGCCCCUCUUCAACCAUCCCCCGUCCAGUCACCAAGUCCACAGAAUGGCGACCGAUAUGAUUUUAAUCAGUAUGAAGGAAAGAAACAGCGUCCAAGCAGUUAUUCUUUUGAAGCUAAGCAACAAAAGGAUAAAAAUAGAUCGCCUACGAUGCGACAGUCAAAAUCUCAUGAUGACAAACUCAUUGACAUUGACGAUGAACAAAUACAACCGGAAAGAGCUAUUAAGCAAUCAGCGCCAAAGAGCGGAAGAGGCAAACCUUCACCAACAGCGCAGGCCAUGUGGGUCACUUUACAACAGAAGAAAGGUCUCGUCGCUAUAUCAGAUUUCAUUGCACUCUGUGAAAAACCAGCGACACCUAAAGUCAUUGAAGUCCCAGGUAGUUCUGACGACGUCAACUUUAGAGGAUACGCCAAUGGUAACGACAUGUUGGAGAAUCUUGGAAUUGAUGUCAGUAAGUUAGAGGAUUGUGCUCUUCAAAUAUAUCGUUAUCAUAGUGGUGCCUCUCAGGGAGAGUAUGGAACUUAUUUGGAUUUAGAAUCGAGUAUUGAUGAACAAUCAGAGGAACUUGAAGGUUUCCAACAAGAACGAAAGAACACACUUAUUCUUCGAACCCAGCUUACUGUAAGAGUUCAUGCAAUUAUCGAAAAACUUCUAAAUUCAAGUGGAAGAGAUUUAAGAAGAGCAUUAUUUUCAUUGAAACAGAUAUUUCAGGAAGAUAAAGAUCUUGUACAUGAGUUUGUCAAUAAUGAUGGAUUGGAUUGUCUUAUUAAAGUUGGAGCUGAAGCAGAUCAAAAUUACCAGAAUUAUAUACUUCGAGCCUUGGGUCAAGUGAUGUUAUAUAUUGAUGGUAUGGAGGGAGUUAUCAGACACAAUAACACUAUACAGUGGUUAUAUUCCCUACUAGCAGCUAGGGGAAGAUUAGUGGUGAAAACAGCUUUAAAGUUAUUAUUAGUAUUUGUAGAAUAUACAGAAUCGAAUACAAUACAAUUACUGAAAGCUAUAGCUGCUGUAGAUUGUAAAAGAGGUGGUCGUCCUUGGAUCAAUAUUAUCAACAUUCUAGAUGAAAAAGAUGGUAGUGAUUCAGAACUUUUAGUUUAUGCAAUGACUUUAGUUAAUAAGGUUUUGGGAGCUGUUCCAGAUCAAGAUACAUUUUAUGAUAUAACUGAUGCAUUAGAGGAACAUGGUAUGGAGAAAAUUACUCAGAAACAUAUGUCUCGUAAAGGAGCUGAUUUAGAUCUUCUUGCUCAGUUCCAAAGCUAUGAGGCUGCACUAAAACUUGAAGAUGGAGAGGACUGUAGAAAUAUAGGUCAACAAGAAAACCUAAGGCAAGUACCUCGAAUGAAAAGUGGAGAUGAAAGUCGUAAAAGUCGUAGAAGUCUUGGUAGUGGGCAGCAGAAACUUUUAAAAUCUCAAAGUACACCUAUUUUGCCACCACAUAUAGAAGAGUAUGAUCCUGCAGAAGCAUUGCGACAAAAACGGAAAAAGGAUGCAGAUUUCAGAAUACCACCACAAGAAGAAUUAGAAGUUCAACAACCAAGAUCUCGUACCAACAGACGGUCACUUCCAGCAGAUGCACAGGGUCAAGAUCAAUAUUUAAAUGUAACCCGUAGAGAGAGAAGAGAAAGACAGCGAACUCAGAUUAAACUACAGCAGGAGUUAGUUCAAUCUACAGAAGGAGAUCGUUUUUCUAUAGCCAGUACUUCAUCCACUAGUACGACUAGUAGUAGUGGUUCUAAUCAACCAGAGUCUUCAUUAACUACCCCGUCCUUACAUAGUUCACAAAGUGAUUUAGAUGUGUUUGAUGCUUAUCCAAAUAAAGACAUGGGUAUGUCCCAGUUGAAUGAAUCGGGUUAUCAAAGUUUUGAUCAGAAUUCUCUAGACACUAGAAAUAAUAUAGAAAAUGACAAUCAUAAUCGAAAUAAUAAUAGAAAUUACCGUUCUCAUGAAGAGGAAGUGUGUAAUAAUAAGAACCGAUUUGGCGGUGAUGGAAUCUCACAGCGCCGUGAUAGAUUUCAUGAAGAACAAAAUGGACAUAUACCAAAUAAAAAACCAGGUGUUACUAUACAUACUGAUGGAACAGUGUCAGAUGCCAAAAAUCGGUUUGUUAACAAAGAGGAAGAGAGACUUCCAUUGGAAACUGGUCGUCCAGUUGGUGAUUCUACUGGUUUGAUUGGUAAAGCAAUGGAAGGGUUAAAUAAAAAGACACCUUUCACUCCAAAACAACCAGAACCUCAACAGCCUGCUAAAGCACCAGAGCCCAAAAAGACCGAGAGUGACAUGCAGUGGGAGAGAAUUGCUAGAAGAUUAAAGCGACCCCUAAAACUUAAAGAUAUGGACUUUACUGAUCUGAAGGAUGAAGAUGAUCUUGACUUGUUUGAACCGCCUCAGAUGCAAAUGCCCGGUGGAAUGCCACCUCCCCCACCUGGAAUGCCACCACCUCCUCCUCCAGGAAUGCCCGGUAUGCCACCACCUCCUCCACCCAUGAUGCCAGGAAUGGCACCUCCUCCCCCUCCUCCAAUGAUGCCUGGUAUGCCACCACCACCCCCUCCACCAGGUUGCCCAUCUCCAACUCCUCCGCAAACUGGUCCACCACCUCCAGGGGCUAAUCUACCAAAGAGCAAGAAAACAAUCAAAAUAUUUUGGAAGACGAUUCCUGGCGAUGUGACUGUACCAGGUUCAAAGAUCGAAACUAUUUGGAAAGAUCCAGCACCAAUCAAACUAGAUAUUGAAAAAUUGGAACAUUUGUUUGAAACAAGAACCAGUGAACUCAAACAAAAGAAAACUGAUACGUCUGGGAAAAAAGAAAUUACAGUAUUGGAUCCUAAACGUUCAAACGGUAUCAACAUCAGUUUAACGGUACUACCCCCUCCAAGAACUAUCAAAGCUGCUAUAUUGAAGAUGGAUAAUUCUAUUAUGAACAAGGAAAGUAUAGAGAAAAUCCUGAAUAAAUUAUUACCAACAGAAGAAGAGAAACAGUUAAUAUUAGAUGCUCAGAUUGCUAAUCCUGAUAUCCCUCUUGGUACAGCUGAACAGUUCUUAUUAACUUUAUCAUCAAUCAACGAAUUAUAUGCUAGAUUACGUCUCUGGUUGUUUAAACUAGAAUAUGAACAGUUGGAACAGGAAGUAUCUGAACCUCUCAUGGAUCUGAAGAAAGGAAUAGAAGAGUUGUGUGUUAACAAAACUUUUAAAUAUAUUUUAUCAGUUCUACUAGGAAUUGGUAACUUCUUAAACGGUAGUCAGGCUCGUGGUUUUAGUUUAGAUUUCUUAACGAAAGUACCAGAAGUUAAAGAUACAGCUCAUAAACACUCAUUAUUACAUCAUCUAUGUGUUAUGAUAUUAGAACAGUUUCCUGGUACUAGUGAUCUAUAUUCAGAAAUAGGUCCAUUAACACGAUGUUCUAGGGUUGACUGGGAUGAGUUAGAAAAGAAAUUAUUAAAGAUGGAAAGAGAUUGUAAAGCAUCAUGGGAUUACUUACGUGCUAUUGUUAAACAUGAUGGAGCAUCCUCAGAGUUCAAGGGAAAAAUGUUGGUGUUUUUAGCAGAUGCAGCUGAAAGAAUCAUGAUAUUACAAAUAAUUUAUAAACGGGUUUUAAAUAGAUAUCACAAACUUCUAUUAUUCAUGGGACUUCCAGUAUAUGCAGCAAGGGAACAGAAAAUAAAUGCAUUCUGUAAAAUAAUCAGUGAGUUUGCACUUGAAUAUAGAACAACUAGAGAUAAGGUGAUACAACAACAACUCAAGAAAGCCAAUCAGAGAGAGCGUAACAGAACAAGAGGAAAGAUGAUUAAUGAGACUGAGAACUUUUCUAAAUCAAAGGAUGCAAAGACUGAUGAUGCUUUACAUGCUGUAUUAAAGAAUGGGUAUGCUAGUUGUGAUGAACGAGGUUUACCUGGUCAGAGAAUCAGAAGGAAACAUGAUGCUAAAAGUUUAGGUGCAAGUAAAGGAAGUAUUACAACAGAUUCUGAAAUGUAUGAUACUGGUGAUGAUGAAUUGUUAGAAGCUUGUGUCAGAACAGCUACAGGUCAGACCGGUCGAGCACCAAGAGAACGAAGAAGAUCAAGAAGCAAUAGAAAGUCCUGGGAUGUCUUACACGAAAACUUAGAUGAAUUACGAAAUGUCCUUGUUCAAAAAGAGCGGUGAUAUUAUGUGUUGGAGAAUUAUAGAAGGCACAUCCCAAAGAUUUCUGAAAUCUCAGUACGACGUACCUUGAAGGGUGGAUUGACUGUCGCAGAAGUUACAGUGGUUGCUAGUUAUUAGAGAGUUAGAGGAAUGGAUGAAGUUAUCUUUAGCCCUUUUGUUGUCUUUCAUCAGUUACAUCAUUUUUGUUUUUAAAAAGAUUGUUUUUAAAUGCUUAGAAGAAAGUUGUGGACUAAAUUAUAACAGACAUCAGUUUAGUCAUGUGUACAUUAAUGAAUUAUUAUUAUAGAUAAUGAACUAGUCAUGAGACUCUCUGAUAGAUAAUAAGAUGGAAGGUUUUUUUUCUUUGCUCAUUAAAAUCUAUUCUUCCUCUUCUAUAUAUCAGUAAUAAAUCGAUGAUUUGUAUAAUAUACCCUACUACUGCUGAAUUUAUUUUGACUGUGAUAUAAUCAAGGAUGAAUAGAUCUAUUGCACAUUUCCAAGACAUAUUAGAUCUAGUUUUCGAUAAUCCCAGGUAGUAUUGGGCAUAUGUUUUCUGUAGUAAUGUACACAAAAAUAUUCUUAUAUAUUUACCAGUAGGACAAAGAUGUGUUGCAAGUAAAUUACAUUAAAAUAGAGUGGCUCAUUUGAAAUAUUUUAAAAGCACUUUGAUGUUGUUGAAUUUAUUAGUAAAUUUAUUCACAAAUUAUUAUAACUAAUAUCAUACGUUUUACUAUUUUUUGGUAAAUGACACUCUAUGUUAUGGUUAAAUAUCUAGAUUUUAUGUGCCCUGACUAAAACAAAAUUUACAAAAAUUAUCUUUUCUAGAAUCUGUUUAACUGAAUAUGGCCAUUUUAAUUAGUUCUCAAUAGCUACACCUGUUAUCAUUAACACAUCUAUAUUUUUUAAUUUUUCAUUGUAAAUUUUUGUGUGACAAAAAAGGGAAUUGUGGAUAUGGACCAAGUAGAAAAAGGUUUAAAUAACAAUGAUACAUUGACGCAAAAAAAUAAUAUUAAUCAUUAACUAACUAUUUUCUAUACCAUAAGAAUUUGUGCAAUAUUGUGUGGUUAUUUUUAGUCAUUCUUCAUCAUUUAAAACCAUUCGAAUAUUAUUUCAUUUAACUUAAGUUUUCAUAUGCCAUUUAAGUUAUCAAAUAAACAAAUUGUAAAUACACAUUUGUACAGAAUUUAUUAAACUUCACUGUGAAAUAAGCAGUUGUUAAAAUAGUGUAUAGCAUGUAGAUGCAAAGUAAUUUAAAUGUAGGAGAAUAUUUUAAUGCACACCUUAAUUUCUAUAUCAAAUAGAAGUCAAUUAGUACAGCUGAUAUUCCUUUAAAACUAUAAUGGGCUUCAUGAACAGACAAAUACAAAGCCACACCCCACCCAACAAAAAUGGGGUUUGAAGAGAUCAAAAUUAAAAUAUUAUUUCAUUAUCUGAUCUGUACCUAGUCAAAAGUCUUAAUUGUUUUGUUUAAGUCAUCUAGUUUUAAAGAGAAAGGAAGGGUUGCAUGUUCCAUGUUUGAAUAAAUCUAUUUUUAUAAUAUUUAUAGUUUAUAUUUAUAUCUUUUGUAGAAAUACUGUUGAAAACAUAUAGCAAUGCUGUGCCCUAUAUAUUUGACAUUGUUUAAAUCGGUUUUGUAGAAUUAUUAACCAUAAUUAUCCCUGGAAAGUUUUUUGUAUUGUUUAUGUUAAAAAUUAGACUAAAAAAAACAGCUAAUAUUUUAUAUUCAAACCUAUGUUAGCUGUGGCAAAUUUUAGGUAAACGAAUAUCAAUUGAUGUAAUAAAGCAAUAUGACAAACCACAAUAUAUAUAUUAUCUAUGUAAGUAGUUACCAGUUUCUAAUGUGUGCUUGCAUGUUUUAUAAAUUAGCCAAACAUAUAACCCUUCCUGAUUAAAUUUCUCUACAAAACAUUGCAAAUAGAUUUUUGAAACUUUAAGUGGUUGAAACAGUUUGCUUAACUAAGGAAAUGUAACCCUAAAGUGUCUGUCAUACACCUAUUUGUUAUUAAGUAGAUACAAUUACCUUUAUUGUUACAGAUGGUCCAAACCGCCAUAAAGAUUUAUAUCUGAUCUCAUGCUUAUAGUCAAAAUAUAUGUGUAUUAUCAAGAGGCUGAAAGAAAUGUUUUGUUUCAUGUGAUAAAUUAAAAUAUACAGUAUUUACUCAAUUGAAAGGACUUGCUGUCUCUUUUCAUGCUAAAAUAAUAACCAUAAAAAAUUGAAAUCUCGAAUUAUCUCCCUUGACACAUCAAGGGAGAUAAUUUAUAUAACAGGACUCUUGCACUGAUCUAUAUAUUAUACAGAUCAGUGGACUCUUGCCAUAGAAAUCUUAACCAGUGAUGAAGUUCAUCAACCCUGUUAUAUAUAUUUAUAAAUGUAAAUUAUUAUAUUGUAGCAUUGUUUAUAUAUUCUCAUGUUGCCAUAUUUUUGGUAUGCAAAUUUUUAAGCUGAAUUUAAGCAAAUAAAUCUCUAAAAAGAA